AUGUGUGCGCGCGGGGGGCGUGGCCCGCGUGGCCGCAUGAGCGGCAGGACGUCGCCCACUCGGUUGUGUCCCGGGUCCCUCCCGCCUGACGGACUGACUUGAUGUCUGACAGACUUCGUGUCUGACUGACCUGCCGCCCCGAGUCCUUGCGGGCCCCUCCUCUCCUCGCCCCUCGGCCCCAGCCUUCUUCCGUCCGGGCGGGUCCCCGGCUUCCAUCUCGCACCCCGAGCGAGUUCCCGGUCCCGCCUGCUGUCCUCCGGGGGGCCUUCGGUGACCCCGGCCCCAUGGCGCUGCAGGCGCUGCAGAGCUCGGGGGUGGCCUUCCGCAAGAUCCUGUCUCACUUUCCCGAGGAGCUGAGCCUGGCUUUCGCCUACGGCUCGGGGGUGUACCGCCAGGCGGGGCCCAACUCAGACCAGAAGAAUGCAAUGCUGGACUUCGUGUUCACAGUCGAUGACCCCGUUUCGUGGCAUUCAAAGAACCUGAAGAAAAACUGGAACCACUAUUCUUUCCUAAAAGUGCUGGGGCCCAGGAUUAUCACUGCUGUCCAGAAUAACUACGGCGCCGGCGUUUACUACAACCCCUUGAUCACGUGUGAUGGGAGGCUUAUCAAAUAUGGAGUUAUUAGCACCAGUGUUUUGAUCGAAGAUCUCCUCAACUGGAAUAACUUAUAUAUUGCUGGUCGACUCCAAAAACCGGUGAAGAUCGUGGCGAUGAAUGAGGAUGUGGCCCUCCGCUCGGCCCUGGAUCAAAACCUAAAGAGCGCUGUGACCGCGGCUUUCCUCAUGCUCCCCGAAAGCUUUUCUGAAGAAGACCUGUUUACAGAGAUCGCCGGGCUCUCCUACUCAGGUGACUUUCGGAUGGUGGUUGGAGAGGAUAAGGCAAAAGUGUUGAAUAUCGUGAAGCCCAACAUGGCCCACUUCCGGGAGCUGUACGGCAGCAUUCUGCAGGAGAGCCCCCAGGUGGUGUAUAAGGCCCAGCAGGGCAGCCUGGAGAUCGAUAAAAGCCCAGAAGGACAAUUCACUCAGCUAAUGACAUUGCCCAAAACCUUACAGCAGCAAAUAAAUCAUAUUAUGGACCCUCCUGGAAAAAACAGAGACGUGGAAGAGACUUUAUUACAAGUUGCUCAUGACCCCGACUGUGGCGACGUGGUGCGUCUAGGGCUUGCAGCAAUUGUGAGGCCUUCCAGUAUGAGACAGAGCACCAAAGGCAUUUUCACUGCCGCCAUCCACCUAGCGUCCCUCAGGUGCUCACCACGCAGGAUACUACAAGGUGAACACGACACCAUCCUGCCUUCAGGGUUUUCACCCUCUAGAAGAGGAGACAGGCACAGACAUAGGGGCUCGCAGCGCAGGGGAUAAACACACAGAGGGAACCUGCAGAAGGGCGUGAUCAUCCAGCCUGAUUCUCAUCCCUGGGUGGAGAUUGCCAGGCGACUGCACGAUCACGCCUCCUCACGCCUCACCCCAGCAGCCUGGGGACACAGCCAAGCUUCAUCCUCCUGAAUCUUCGGGAAGGUUCAGCCCGUCAGCAGAGGUUUAGUAUCUCAGGUGCCAGAUCCACUCAGCUGAAGACUUUCCUGCCACGCAGGGGUGCAUGGCUUUGUGUUUCCAGUUAAAAUAUUUAAUCUGCUUUCUUGCUGAUUUAUCCUGGCCAGGCUGAAGUUGAGGUGCUUUCUUUUGUGUGGGUGGCUCAGGCUAUCACUCUGUGUUUUGCAUGAUUGCAGCUCCCUCACUGUGGUCCUCCUUGGGUGAGGCUGGACGCUUUGGCUCUUUAUUUAUGGCUUCCUAUGCUAUAAGGAACUACUGGAUUUACUCUUUUCUUUUUUUAGUCAUGAUAAUGAUGGUGUUAUGGGGUUAAACAAUCCUUUUCCUUAGGAAUACAUACUAAGGGACUUCCCUGGUGGUCCAGUGGCUGAGACUCUGUGCUCCCAAUGCCAGAGGCCCAGGUUCACUUCUUAGGGAACUAGAUCCCACAUGUUGCAACUGAAGAUUCUGCAUGCGACAACUAAGACUCCUGUGCAGCCAAAUAAAUAAAUAUUUCUUAAGAAACACAUACUAAAAGAUUUGCAGAUGAAAUGACAAUGUCUGAGAUUUGCUUCAGAAGAAGAACGUUUGGGCUGAGUCCCAUUGCUGUCCACCUGAAACUCUCACAACCUUGUUAAUCGGCUGUGCUCAACUAUAAAAUGAAAAGGUGAAAGAAGGAAAGAAGACACGUUGGAAGGAAGUGCAUAUGGGUGGGGUGGUAACUCAAGAUUGGCCAUGAGUUGAUACGUUGUUGAAGUUGGGUAAAGAUACGUGUGAGCAUAUUAUGCUGUCUUAAAUUUAUCUCGAAUAAAAGGUUUUUAAAAAUCCA